UCAGGACAAUAACAAAGCAGAGAUGUGUAUCGUAUGUUUUGAAGGAGCAGCCUAUAAUAGGCGCAGUAAAGACAGAGUACCGCACCAAGCUGUGUUCGUGUUCUCCUCCCUGUCUCACUCUCGCGAUUCGCAUACGCAAAUGAUGCAAAGCCUGGCAAGCAACGUCGAAAGAUAGGCGCGGAUGGAAAAAAGUGAUUCGCGAUCGCAUACAGCAAACAACUUGUAUAAGGUCCCUGCUGUUCGCAUGGCUGUUAUCAGGUCGAGAGUUACUUUGCACACCUAGAAAGGAUCGUCUGCACAUCUCUUAUUAUUAUGAACUGCUGCACGUUCUUCUUACGGGGAUCAUCCAAGGUGUUCGGGAAUAGCAGCCAGAAGCCGCAGCGGUGAAUGUAUAAAAGAAAACACAUUUUCUUCAGAGUUAACGGGAUGACUAUUGUCCUCUCGUGUGACACAUCAUCUUUGGAGUCAGUGUAAUGGGUUUGGUGGCAACCCUAGCGCUAUGGAUCUUAACUUGGAGCUGCCUUCUGAGGGGCACAUUAUUAGCCCCGCAGGUGUCAGCCAAGCAAAUACCAUGCGACAAAACCAGAAAAAUUUUCACAGAAUCAUGGGGUGCGAUCAGCGAUGGACCCAAGGGCUCAAAUUACACACAGGAUUCGCACUGCGAAUGGCUGAUCAAAGCCAACAGCAGUCGUCAAUUCAUUACUUUGAGUUUCCGAACAAUGGGUACAGAAUGCAGCUAUGAUUACGUAUUUGUUUACGAUGGAGAUUCAUUUAGAUCUCCACUACUGGGCAGUUUUAGUGGCAAAACAGAGCCCCAACAAGUAACAGCCUUGUCUGGAUUUAUGUUAAUUUUAUUGUAUAGUGAUACUAAUUAUGUCUUGGAUGGUUUUCAUGCUGAGUUUUCUGUUACGGAUUGUCCAAAUAAUUGUACAAAUCAUGGAAAAUGUAUAAAUAAUACAUGUUUUUGUGAAAAUGAUUGGGGUGGAAAAGACUGUGCAAGACCACUAUGUCCAAACAAUUGUGGUACAGGAGGAAUUUGUGGACUAAAACAAUGUCAAUGUCACAAUGGAUACUCUGGACAGUCGUGUUCACUCCAUAAAACUCAUCCUGAAGGAAAUAGGUGGCACUGGCUUGCACAUUCCGAAAGUGGAAUGACCCCUAGAGCUGCACAUACUGCUGUUUACAUAAGUGAAUCUGAUUCCAUAUACGUUUUUGGAGGGUAUAAUCUCAAUUACAUAUUAAGCGACUUGGAGAUUUAUCGCUUUUCUGUAAGUCAGUGGGAAGACGAUUAUGGUACAGUCUUAGAAGGAUCUUCCGCUGCGGAAUAUUUAGAUCCAAUGUUGAUUGCUAGCGAAUUGGAAAACAUUGGAGCAGGAGCCCAUGAACAAUACGGACUUCCAACGUCGAUAUUCUGGAAAUUACUGGCAAGAUAUUCGCUAUUAAAUUUCAAGGAAAAUAACACGUCUCCUCAUCGGGAUAAGAGUCACGAAGGCAUUCAGUAUGGCUGGCGAGAACCAAAACCAGUUGACCAUAAAGAUAGAGAUAGAAAAUUGCAACAACAUGUAAUAAGAAAUAAUGACACUGCUGACAAUCAAGAGAGAAAGAAACACACGAGAAGAAUUAGACCGUUGACGCAUACAAGACAUAGAAGGAGCUCAGAUAAUGAUGUACAUUAUAAACAGCGACAUAUUACUAGUAUUGAUGAAAGCCAUGAUUGGGAAGAUCGAGUUCUAGAAACACCCAUGGAAGAGAAUGCUUUUUUGCAAGAUAUAUUGGAACCUCAAAUCACAACUCAGUUCACUGUGAAUGAUGACGUCACAGAACCAAACGUUGAGGAAUUUAUUAAACCUUCUCCGAGAUAUGGGCAUGCAGCAUGUAAAUAUCAAGGUGGUUUCGUGAUCUACGGUGGCAAAGUAGAGGACGGAUCUCUUUCUAAUGAACUGUGGUAUUACAACAUAAACAAAACAUCAUGGACGUUGCGUGCUAAAAAUUCACCAUUCUACCCUCCAAGACUCACCCGCCAUACGCUUACGUUAGCCGAAGAAUACAUUUAUUUAUUUGGAGGUAGCACUGUAGACGGAGAAUUUUCUUCAAGCUUGUAUAGGAUAAAAUUAAAUUUGACUGAUUCAACAGCAAGUACUGAAAAAUGGCACGAAGUCCGGCCAAGAGGUGGUAAAGAAUUAGACGUUAGAGUCGUGGCUCAUUCGACCGUUUAUCACAAAGCUACGAAUUCCUUGCUCGUAUACGGCGGUGUAGUUGCUAGUGUAGCUCGAUUCAGCAAAUUAUCCGACAGAAUGUUCGUUUUUCAACUUAACAGAAGAGUAUGGUCAGAAAUUCAUUACCCAAGAGCACAUUUACGAGACACUUACGUUCCCCGAGAACGUGCAUUUCAUACUUGUAACAUCAUCGGUAAUUAUUUAGUGGUAUUCGGCGGCUACUCGCACAGACAUAACAAGGAAGAAAUUUGUUAUGACAACCAAAUGUAUUUGUAUCACUUAGGCUGUCAUGCCUGGGUGAGCCAUGACGUUUUGAAUAUCAGUGACAAAGAUUCACAAUAUCCAAAACAACAAGGGGUAUUUGCUCAUGCAUCGGACGUUCGAGCUGGAAAUACAUUGUUACUAGUCGGUGGUUAUCACGGCAAUGUCAAUGCGGACCUGCUUGCUUACACUCUACCUCCUAUGCUUGCGCCGGGUGAUGGUGACGUGAUGGAACCCGAACAUUACUGUUCUCGACACAAAAGUCUCGUUGAAUGUGCUGCUAAUCCCGAAUGUGGAUGGUGUUCUGCAGAUGAGAACUGCUACGGUCGCACCGUCGUUAGCAACUGUACGACCAAUCUGCAAACAACUCGUUGUCCAGGAGUAUGCCCAGCCCUUGGCGAUUGUCAUUCAUGUUUAAUCCACGGUCAACCAGGUGGUGGCUGGGGUACAAAUUCACGCGGUCGUAGUUCUGUAUCUAAUAAAUUUAACUUAGGCACUUGCACGUGGUGCGUUCAAAAUGCACGCUGUCACCAUAAAGAUGAUAAUUAUGGAGUAUGUGGGUUACGCGACGACACACCAUCGCAGAUUCCCGGUUGGUGGGGUACGAAAGGCACGGAGAUAACGCGAGUUGAUGAGUGUCGUGAAAUGGACAGAAGACCUGGCUUGACGUUCUUGAAAUACAAUCCACCAGUGAAUUUUUCGCAGCCAGAUUCUGUAAUGAUUGUUAACGCAACGACAGUGGAUUUUAACGUGCCAUCGACUCAAGGUGCGAAAGUAGAGUCGGGUAGGGGUGGUGAGAUGGUUGCUAAAUUGAUUGGAUUCUUGAGACUGCCUAAUAAUAUCUGGGAUGGUAAAAUGGAAUUGUUGAAAAUCUGCGUUAGCUAUAAUACCGCUACUCUUCACGUCUCGGGAAACAACAUGACGCACAAUCUGAUGGUUGUAGCAAAUCUCACGGCAGAAACAUCACAGUGCAUACCAUUGCGCACAGGUCCAGAUUCGUUCUUAUCGAGCUACGUUACUUUUGUACCAGGAAGAUAUCUUAUGAACUUCGAGUCGAGAAGAAUGGUAACGGCUAGUUACGCGCACUCAAGUAAGAUGGAAAUAAUGCACAGUCGUCGCACUGAGAAUCCUAAAGUAUUCACCUUCGAAUAUCUCGAGCCAUACCAAAACGGCACGUGCGAGCAAUACGGAAAUUGUCUGCAUUGUCUCACGGAUGCUGCGUGUGGUUGGUGUGACAUCAACAAUAAAUGCUUAUCGCGAGCAGUGAAUGAAACCGAGAGUUGCGUGGCAGAUAUCGAGUGGGACGAGAAUGGCAAGGUUAUACAGGAGUGGCAUUAUCUGACAAUCAAUCCAACGACUUGUGCCAACUGCUCCAAUUACAUCUCUUGUGAGUCUUGUGUCAGUACUAAUAUCUGCGAAUGGUGGACAGAAGAAGCUCGUUGUGCUAGAAUAGGUCGCAUGCCCGACGCAGUAGUCAGUAUUGAUCAGUGUCCAGUUCCCUGUAGACAACGUUCCAAUUGUACGCAAUGUCUGAUUGAACGUGGACGUUGCGUAUGGUGUGAAGCUACACAAGAGUGCUUCUCUUUCUCUGUGUACACGUCUGAAUACCAAUUUGGUCUGUGUCGCGAGUGGACCGAUCAAGCUGGUCUCAUGGGUGUUACUACACGCGGAAGUUCCUCCCUUACUGGCGAUGAUCAGUGUAAGAGUUGUAGCCGACACUCGAAUUGUUCAAACUGCUUGCACUCGCUCAGCUGUGGCUGGUGCUACAGUUUAGAUAACCCAAUACUCGGCGCUUGUGUGCAAGGUGAUUUCAACCAAGCUCACGUCAACUGUAGUUUGGUUAUUAAUGAAUUUCAAAAUACAAGUUUGGAAGCGCACGAAUCCGGUUGGGCGUACGCACAAUGUCCAGAUGUAGAUGAAUGCGAUUUAGGUCUUCACGAUUGCCAUCCAAAUGCCAAAUGUACCAAUACCCACGGUAGCUACAGCUGUCAGUGUAGACGCGGUUUCAAUGGUGAUGGCAAAGAGAAUUGCACCAAGACUUGCUACGAGAAGUGCGUCAAUGGUUACUGCAGCGAAGCUCCUGAUUACAAGUGUGAGUGCGAUCUUGGUUGGACUGGCCCCGAUUGCCGUACAAAUUGCGGUUGCUACAAUCACUCAACUUGCUCUUUUGGCCCUGGAGUGUGUGAUGAGUGUCAAGACUGGACGGAAGGCCAUUACUGCGAUGUUUGCAAAGCUGGUAGUUACGGUAACGCUACAACCAGCUUAGGUUGUCAAAAAUGCGACUGCAAUGAACACGGCGAUGUAGAGCUUGGCACUUGCGAUCCUCAAACGGGUACGUGUUUCUGCAAAGAUAACACCGAAGGAGAUCGUUGUGAAUUGUGUAAAAAGGGAUACUACGGUGAUCCGCGCAACGGAGGAAUGUGUUACUACGGUUGCAUGUCUCGCGGUAUGCUCAGCGGUGAAGGCAAUGGCAAACAAGGUCUCGGCAGUCGUCAUUCACAACUUAGUUUAUGGGAGAGUCAUCUCGGCGGUUCACUCACACGAGAAUGUUUGUGGAUUAUCAGUCCAAAAACAGGUCUCUCAUCCGAUACAAUGACAGCGAGUGUACAGAGCGUCAUUCAAUUUACAAUUCACGACGACAUUAACGUUAGUUGCCAAGAAAACAGCGUUUACGUAUACGAUGGUUUGCCAGAUUUUGUUUCAUCGACGAGCAGCCAUCAGAGUCAAUUAUUGGGCGUUUAUUGCACAGAAAGUACCGAUUAUCCUGUCACUGUUGAAGCGAGAUCCGGUUUUCUCACCGUCCAUUACAAACAACUCGACGAGGUUGAAGGUUUUAAUGCUAGUUACGUCGUUAUGACGUGUAACAAUUGCCCUCCAAAUCGCGAAUGCCGGAACGGCAAUUGUCUCUGCAAACUUGGGUUUGUCGGUAUCAAUUGUGAUAUCGAAAUUUGUCCCAAAAAUUGCUCUGCUACCAAGAAACAAGGUGUGUGCGAAAAGGGUUACGGGCAUUGCGUGUGCACUUCAGGUUUUGGAGGACAAGAUUGUUCCAUUAAUAUUAAGAACAAUCAAUUGGUAUUUACGGAACUAUUCAACAGCGAGUUUUUGUCCGAUCAACUUGAUCAUUUACGUAAAACCUUACCACGUUUCGGGCACAGUUUGGUAGCAGAUAGACGUGGUAGUUUAUGGAUGUUUGGAGGCUAUUCUUUGAGUCACGGGCCUUUGAACGACAUUCGAUUGUUCGAUACCAAAAACAGCACCUGGAUGCCAGUCACAGUAGAAUCCACAUCGGAGGCAUCGAUGCCACAGGGACGAUACUUCCAUGCUGCCGAAAUUGUACAUAGCAGGCAGCAGAUAUACGUUUACGGUGGACUGUCGAUGAAAGAAGAAGGCGUGCAAGGUUUAUCCAACAAUACAUUGAGCGAUUUCUGGAAAUUCAGUCUUCAAAAUCAACAUUGGAUGCAGAUUGUCGAUCACUCGCCGUCAAGAAAAGAACCAUCGCCAUUGGCCGGGCACACGCUAACUCUAUUCAGAGAUGGAGGCGAAUCGGAAAGUCUCGUUCUAAUUGGUGGCUUUAGUCCCAGAUUCGGAUAUUUAGAUACAGUAUGGGAAUUUAAUCUUGAAACGGAAAAGUGGGACGUAGUGCAAACUGUUGGAAAUGGCCCGCUUGGCGUUUACGGGCAUUCAACUGUUUUUCAUAGUAAAUCUAAGAGUUUUUAUAUUUUUGGCGGUUACACUUAUGCAAUCAAUCGAACUUUCAUAUCGAAUAAGCUUUAUGCUCUCAACUACAAAACAAAAACGUGGUCCGUACUACCGCCAUUCGACGAUGACCCUGCUGAUGGAAUGGUACUGCCGCAAGCUCGUUUUUUACAUUCAGCUGUGACUACUGACGAGUACAUGGUGAUAUUUGGCGGACGUCAAAAUCCUUACAAUACCACCGAUUCUCUGAUAGCGUACAAAUAUUCGUGUAACUUGUGGAUUCGUCUCAUAACGAAAGAUAUGGAAAUUAUUGGGAAUCCACCUCCUCCAGCUUACGCUCAUGCGAUGACCCACGCAGACCCAGAAAAUAACGCGGUGUACGUUGUUGGUGGAUUCGAUGGGGGAAUUAAAAGUCACGUUACUUUAAUUCACAUACCUGAGGAUUUAUGUAACUUAUGGACAGAUAAGAUAACUUGCAGAAAGUACUAUGGUUGCUCGUUCUGUUCGGUCACAACUAUCAGUGGAGAGAACGCGUCGUACUGCUUUUCAAACGAGGAGUCAUUACACCGUGAUGAAAAAUGUGACGUCAACGUGACAAAAGCCCACAGAUCGAACGGAAUAUUUUGCAAUGCUGAUUGGAUGUCCAGUAGAAAAUGCGAGAGUUUCAAAACGUGUACCGAUUGUCUAGCCGAAUGGCCAUAUUACCAGGAAAGAGAGCCAGUAUGCAAAUGGUGCAUCGACUGCCACGGCAAAUGUAUCCCUGCUGAUAAAGAGUGUGAUGAGCAAAGUAAAUGUAAGCACUGGCAGAAACUCGUUACCGAUGUCAAUCAGUGCGGUGAAAGAUUGUGUCCAGCCAGCGAUUGCGAGAAAUGUAAAAAUUGCCAGGGUAAUUGCGUUUGGACGAGACAAGUUUUAAAGACGUCCGAAUUAGGUUUGAAGUUGACAGCUGAGCCCGUCUACGAUUGGAAUUGUGUCCCCGAAGAUAUUUUCAACAGAUCCAGUAUAAAAAUGACAAGUACACAAUGUGAAAAAAGAUGUUCGGAGCAUAAAGAUUGCAAAAGCUGCUUGAAAGGUACCGGUGCUGAGGGGGGUUGGCGAGAAUGCAGGUGGUCUACGAGAUUGAAUGAGUGCAUUUCACCAUCAUAUCAACCACUUUACUGUGCUGGAGGGGUAUGCGGUUUGGUUUUACGAAGUACCGACGUCGAGUAUUGUCCGGAGCCAUGCUCUGCCUUCAAGCAGUGCAGCACAUGCUUGAAGCACUCUCAUUGCGGUUGGUGUUCAUUGGAUUCGACAAACGUAACUGGUCAAGGAAUUUGCACUGAAGGCUCGUUGGAAGCUCCUCCAGGGUUCGAUCAUCCUGCUGGCGGAACUUGCGAGAUGCUUUAUUACCAGCAGCAUCCUCAACUUGAUAUGCCCGUUACAACGACAGUUUCAUCUCAUGGGGAAGAUUACCAUGACAACGUUACGAUCUCUUUAAGUAACGUUAUACCAUCGUUAAGGUUCUCGUGGCAUUAUGUACGUUGUCCACCGGAAAAUGAGUGUGAAAAUAGCCACCACACGUGCUCGCCAAAGAGUGAAAAGUGCUUCGAUUUGGAUGAAGGAUUCGAGUGUAUGUGCGGCGAAGGAUACAAAACUGAAAUGACGCACGGAUACAAUGAGUAUGGAAGGAAAACAUGCGUACCAAUGUGUACUCAGGGCUGCGUAAGAGGAACCUGUAUCGAGCCAAAUAUGUGUCAUUGCGACUUUGGUUAUGUUGGAAGCAAUUGUUCGAUACAAUGCCAAUGCAACGGACACAGCGACUGCGCUGGACCCGAUAAACUCGAUGAAUGCUUAGAAUGUCAUAACAAUACGAAAGGACGUCAGUGUGACAAAUGCGAACCUUUAUACGUUGGAAAUCCAACGGAUAAUGGUCAAUGUGUACCGUGCUUUGAAUACUGUAAUGGGCAUACUCGUACGUGCAUUAAUGAGAACCAAACGGUUCCGGAUCCAAAUUCAAUUGACAAAAUGUCGAUCGAGUUAUUGAAGAAACAAUUGGUUGAAGGUCCUGUUGCUAAGGCAAAAUGUGUUAAUUGUGCCAAUAAUACGAAAGGUGAUAAAUGUGGCGAAUGUGUUUCUGGUUAUUUUCGAGGAACGGAAGAUUUGAGAGAUGUUUGUCGACCGUGUGAAUGUCACGGACAUGGCUUUACUUGCGAUCCAGUAACAGGCGAACAAUGUGACUGCAGGAAUAACACGGAAAGCGAAUCAUCUUGUGUCAGUGGUCCGUCAAAGGGUGGCAAUUCUGGUCUUACUCCUUGUUGGAUGGUCCAGUGUAGCAAGUGUAGAGAAAAUUACGCCGGCACACCGACCAAUGGCCACCAAUGUUACAAAACUGUUACUGUUGAAAACAAAAUGUGUUUUGAUUCCAAGUUAAUAGAUGAAUGCAAAGUAAAACCGAAGCCAUUGAAUCCCGGACAGACUGUUUUCUACAUGGUACAGCCACGUUUUAUGAAUGUUGACAUAAGAAUUAUGGUUGACGUCACUCAAGGUGCACUUGACUUAUUCCUGAGUCCUCGCGACGAUACGUUUGUGGUCAACUUAAAUUCUACUACUGGUUAUCAAAAGGUGGAACUCGAUGAAAAGUUCAAAUGGCGCAAGGACUAUGAGUACAUCUGGCCAGAGGAUGGUCCAUUCCGUGGGCGUGAACGGAAAGUCGACUAUUACCCUUACAGUUCAUAUCAUUUCUCUUCAAAUGGUAGCGAGUCGCAAUGGAAUCCAAGUGUCGAGUAUACGGUUGUCGAACGUCAAGCCGAAGGACUUGCAACUUACGUAACAAUCAACGAGCGCAACACCUUCCUGUUUGUACGAAAUCUUACCAAUCGGCUGGUGCUCACAUUGCCUCAAGAUAGACACGACCUCGGGUCGACCAAAUUUCAUAUUGCACUUAGAGCUGUGGACCCACCCUUACCAGAGUUCAAUGGACGAGCCUCGUAUGGCAUGGUUUUCUUCAGACAAGAUCAACUGCAUAUCGAUUUAUUUGUGUUCUUCUCCGUGUUCUUCUCAUGCUUUUUCCUCUUUCUGGCUGCGUGUGUCGUUGCCUGGAAAACUAAACAGGCGGCUGAUGUCAGGCGAGCUCGGAGGAGACACGUGGUCGAGAUGUUGCACAUGGCUAAGAGACCCUUCGCUUCUGCUACCAUUUUAUAUGAUCGCGAGGGUUCUCCAUCGAGCCAAAGCGAAUGCAGUCCAAAUUCACCACAACGCAAAAGCAGACGAAACAAAGUGGUCAACUUCCACAAUGAAGUAAGGCCAGUUGCGGUCGAACCAACGGAGGACGGAGUCGCCGCGGUAGCUACAGUAUUUAUAAAGUUGCCUGGAGGUAACGCUGCACCUGUCAAACUUGCCCUCGGCAGUUCGCUAAUUUUUUUAACGAGGGUCUAUCCGGCCAAUAGCCGUACGUUUCUCAGGCGACGAAACAGUCACGCAUUGAAUUGAGACAU